GCAAGGAGUAGAAUACUUACCGCAGAACUGUAGACACGAUACAUUCUAAUCGGCGCGCGUGUUUUUCUUGGUUAGGAAUCAUCCAGUAAACAUUAUUUUUAUUUUUUAAUUAUCAGUGAAAAUCAGUGUAAUUUACCAUGGGAAGAAAAAAGAAUAAGCCAGUAAUUGAGAAAGGACCUAGGCUAAAGGACCUAGUACCUAAGUGGACAGCAGCGGUCACCGACCCCGUAGACAAUGCUUGGUCAUUGACAAUUCCAGAAUUCAAGCAAGGUGACAUGAAAGAAACUUUAUGGGAUCAAUCAACAUUUAACAUUCUGUUUCCGGCAUAUCGUGAAGAAUAUUUAAAAAAAUCAUGGCCACUAGUGCAAAAAGCUCUUGCUGAUUAUCACAUUAAAGCGACACUUGAUACAGUAGGGGGCAGCAUGGAGGUUAUGACAACAAGAAAAACAUGGGACCCUUCUAUUAUUCUCAAGUCUCGUGAUAUGAUCAGACUUCUGGCUCGAUCAGUACCAUUCGAGCAAGCUGUAAAAGUUUUACAAGAUGAAAUCUCAGCUGAUAUCAUUAAAAUAAACACAUAUACCAGGAACAAAGAAAAGUUUAUAAAGAGAAGAGCCAGACUCAUUGGACCUGGUGGCUGCACGCUCAAAUCCAUUGAACUUCUUACCAACUGCUAUGUACUAGUUCAUGGCUCAACUGUAGCUGGUGUGGGACCUUAUAGAGGUCUGCAGCAGUUAAGAAGGAUUGUGGAAGACACAAUGAAUAAUAUACAUCCAAUCUAUAACAUUAAAGCUCUCAUGAUCAAGAGAGAAUUGGCUAGAGACCCCGUAUUGAAAAAUGAAAAUUGGGAAAAAUUCUUACCGAAAUUCAAAUCUAAGAAUAUCAGUAAAAGAAAACAACCCAAAAAUAAGAAAAUUAAGAAGCCUUAUACUCCCUUCCCACCGGCACAACCACAGAGUAAUACUGAUAAACAACUUGAAAGUGGAGAAUACUUCCUCAACCAAGAACAGAAGAAAGCCAAGAAAACAAAGGAAAUUUCGGACAGACAUGAGGAGGCUCAGAAAAAACGACAAGAACGCAGAGAACAAGCAUUCGUUCCACCAGAGGAAACAAAAUCUACAGAGAAGAAAACAGACACAAAAAUGGAUCUUGAUGUUGAAGAAAUCAAGAAAAAAGUGAAAAAAGGAUUAAAAAAAAAAAAUAAUAUAAAACCAAGUACUUAGUACUAACACA